AUGAGCAAACACACCUCCAACAAAAGGGCAAUCUUUGUAUCCCCUUUGGGACGGUCCCUGGCCCCUUUCCUGAGGUUUAACAAAGUCCUCAAAGCAGAGGUGACCCUGCACAACACCGGGGUCAUGGAAUUCACCUUCGUGGUGCCAAACUGCAGCACUGGCACUGCAGCAAAGCCUCUGCCUGGAGUGCCCGUGGUCGUGCCCACCACAGGUUCCCUUGCACCUGGCCAGAAGCAAGUGUUGAAGGUCUAUUAUCUGCCAGGACAGCUGGGAGCCUUCCACAAGACUUUCCAGGUCAAAGUGGCUCAUCUGGAACCGGCAGAAAUCACCCUGAAGGGAAAGGGGACCUUCCCUGGGGUUACCAAGUACCGGCCCAGGAAGCUGAAAGCGCGGCCCGGCCCGGCCCCAGGCUCGGUGCCGCGGUUGCCCGGUAACCGCGCCCGGGCCCUCAGCGUCUGUGACGGCGCCGCGGCCUCAGCGCCCGCAGCCGCCCCGAUGCUCAUUCGCACCCGGCGCGCUCACCGGCGGCACUCGGCCGCUGCCAGCGGAGCUGUUCGCACAACAGUGCUGUCUCUGACUCCCUCUGCCUUCCAGAAGGAGAUGUCUCUCAACACCAAGCAGAGGCUGGCCAGAGCUAAGAAGCUGAGUCUGCCUCCCAUUGUCCAGCCUCAAGACAAGCCUGGGACCUCCCAUCACAAGCCUUGUCCACCAGAGGUGGUGUUUCAGAACUACAGCCCUGGUGAGGUCUGUGAAGUGCCACUGGUUCUGAGGAACAGGGACAAGGUUCCUCACUUGGUGAAGGUCACCUUGAAGAGCUCACCUUAUUUCCAUCUGGUGGGCCCCAAUGACGUGUGCCGCAAGGUGCCACCGGGCCUCUACACCACUGUCCGCAUCCUCUUCACCCCUGGGCAGAGAAAGGAUUAUUUCCACCAGCUCCUCUGCACCACUGAAAAUGAAGAGUUCAUUGUGCCAAUUUGGGCCAUCGGUGGCCGAGCCAUCCUGGACUUCCCUGACCAGCUGGACUUCUCCACCUGUCCGGUCAAGUACAUGACCCAGAAGACCCUGCUGGUUCACAAUGUUGGAAACCGGCCUGCUCGUUACGAGCUGAGCACCCAGAGCCCUUUCUCUGUCACUCCGGCCAUGGGAACUCUGGAUGUUGGUGACGCCGUGGAGGUGGCAGUGGAAUUUCGGCCACUGAAGACUGGUGACCAUUGCAGGUCCCUUGUUGUGCACUAUGACACAGGUGAAGACACCCACACAAGCCUUCAUGCCAGAGCUGUGGAUGCCCACAUCAGGCUGGACAGGAAUACUGUGACCCUGCAGAAGACGUACAUCUCCAUGUCAAACAGCGCAACUGUGCUCAUCCACAACCGCAGCGACAUCACAGCCCGCUUCCAGUGGAAGGCUGUGGAUACUGAGGAACAGGAGGAUCAGCUGAGGCAGAGGCAGUAUCACAGGAUAUACCAGCAGCAAAGGCACAAGUUGUAUAGUUUUCUGAAGGAGCGUGAAGUGCACAUCACUUGCCGAGAACGCCUUGCUCUUCUCAACCACACCUUCCAGAGUGAGGUAGCAAAGAUCAGAGGAGAUCCCAUGCUGUUAGACGAUGACAUUUUCUCCCUUGUGCCAAAGGAGGGUGAGAUCAUGCCGAAGUGCUCGGCUGAAAUCAGCGUGUUCUUCACGCCCCAGGCAGCCCAGGUCUAUGAGCGAACAGUUUACUGUGACAUCUCAGGCCGUGAGAACAGGCUGCCCCUGCUCCUCAUGGGGGAAGGCCUCGGGCCCCGGGUCCAUUUCCACUUUGAGGAACUGAACAUCGGGGAGGUUUUUGUCAGAGUAACCCACAGAUAUGAGGCAUACCUGAUCAACAAGGGGCCUAUUGAGGCUCCCUUCAAACUCAUCCCUCCAACCACAGCCAUGGGCUCCUGCUUCACCUUCCUGCCCCAGGAGGGCAUCGUGGCACCAGAGAAGCUCCAGGCCAUCCGGGUCUCCUUCUGUCCCACCAUCCGGGGGGAGUUUGAGGAACAAUUCUAUUUCCAUGUGGCUGAAUCCCCUAAGCCUGUGAUCUUCACUAUCAGGGGCUCUGUGAUGGGACCCACUUUCCAUUUUGAUGUGCCCGCCCUGCACUUCGGUGACAUCGCCUUUGGUUUUCCUCACACCUUGAAGUGUUGCCUGUUUAACACCUCCCUGACGCCCAUGGGCUUCUCCCUCUACAUUCCUGGGGAUGGCUUGGGAGUGCCCAGUGUUAGCAGCACUACUCAGAUAGGCAAACCCAGCAGCCAGUUGUGGAGGAAGGAAGUUCGUGUUCUGAGGAGAUUACAGGAAUUUACCAUAAACCCCCACAGCGGGACCGUCCGUGCCCUGGGAUCCCAGGAUAUCAAGGUCACCCUGUGUCCCAACACUGUUGGGGACUACAAUCUGGAGCUGGUGCUGGACGUGGAAGAUGUUGGCAGGAAGGUGUUUGCACUGCCCCUCACAGCCAGGUGCAUCGUUCCUACUCUGCGAGUGCUCAACCCUGUCGUGGAACUGGGGCACUGCUGCUUGAAGGUGCUCUAUGAUGAGAAGGUGACCCUGGUGAAUGACAGUGACUUCCCUGGCUGCUACUGUCUUCUCCCUCAGGAACACAAGGAGGAGGCUGCUGCGUGGUACUCCAGCCUUGCACCCUCUGGGAUUAUCGAGGCUCACAGCUCGGUGCAGAUCCCAAUUACAGUCCAGGCCCAGUUGCUGGGACAGUGCAGCAUCACUGCCAAGCUGGCCGUGUUUGGGAGACCAGGAUCCCCACUGGAAAUCCGUUUAGAGUGCGUUGGCCAGGGCCCCGUUGUCUAUGUCCAUCCCAGGGAGAUAAACUUCGGCUCUAUCCCAGUCCUAGAGGAUUGUUCCAAAACUCUCCACCUCGCCAAUCAGUGUAAGAUUCCUGCAGCCUUCCAGGUGGAGAUGGCUGUGGAGCGUUCCUGCUGGAGGAUUGAGCCCAGUAAAGGAGUGGUCCCCCCUAGUUCUGAGGUGUCUGUGGCUAUCGUAGCAAACCUGAAUGACACAGUGAAAUUCCAGGAGAAGCUGAAGGUGUUCAUUGAGAACAACCCUGUGACCAUCAUCCCUCUCCAGGCUGUGGGCAUUGGCACCACAGUUGUCUCGGACAAACCUCUUGUUCCGAAGCUCGACUUGAAGUCCUGCUUCAGCUUCAGUCGCUGCUUUUACCACUUCCAGCUGACGAACAGAGGCCGCCGCACGCAGCGGCUCUACUGGAGCACGGAAGGGUUCCGCACCUUCCGCCGCAGCGCGCGGGCCCCGGCCCCCGCGGGCCCCCCGGGCAAAGGGGCUCCCCCCAUGCCCAGGCCUGGCAGCCCCGUGUUCAAGCUGUGCCCAGCGCAGGUGGACCUGAGGCCGGGCCAGACUGUGGACAUGGUGCUGGAAGGCUGCUCCAGCACUGUCCAGGAGGUGAAGGAGCGGCUGCUGUGCCACGCUGUGGUGGGGAAAGAGACAGCAAAGAAACAGAUCCUGCAAACAGAUGUCAUCUGCAACUUCAUCUGCCCUGCAGUGCAAAUGUCCCCCAGAGCCAUCGCUUUCCGUGUGGAAAAGAAACCCAGUGAUGUCCUGACACUGCAGUACCAGCCACUGACCUUAAAAAACACCAGCUCCCUGCCAUUCAGCGUGGUGCUGGACGUGGAGCAGCCCUUCCUGGUCUGCAAUGUGAACCGGAAGCCCCUCCCUGCAAAUUGCAAGGCCGUGGACUUUGGCUGCAUCAUAAAUGGCACUGAACAAGAGUUGAAGAUGGAGAUGACCAACUGCAGCCCAAUCCCUGUCAACUACCACUGGUCAUUCCUGACAGACAGCCAGGUGAACACCAUCAGGUUCAUCCCUUCACCACCUAAAUUCAAGCCACGGUCAUUAAACAAGAGGAGAGUGUUUCUACGGAGAUACUCCAGGGCUGUAAGUGUGGAGGAGCCAACUGAAACCCCAGAAACAACGCAGGAUUCUGCCCAGGAAGAUUCUGCCCAGGAAGAUUCUGCCCUGGAGGAUUCUGCCCUGGAGGAUUCCGCCCUGGAGGAUCCUGCUCAGGAAGGUCCUGCCCAGGAGGAUGCUGCCCUGGAGGAUCCUGCCCAGGAAGAUCCUGCUCAAGAGGACUCUGACCAGGAGGAUUCUGCUCAGGAGGACUCUGACCAGGAGCCAGAAGAUGCAGAGCAUUCCCUGGAAUCAGAGGGGCUGUCAUCCACUCCUGGGGCGUCUCAGAGGCCGCUGAGGAUGAGGGGACUGAGCUGGUUCUCAGAGAUGGAGCACCCCAAGCUGGGAAUGCAGGAGGUUUUUGACGUGCGGCCGCUGUGGGGUGAGCUGCAGCCGGGAGAGAGCGAGCAGGUCACCUUCACCUUCUUUGGGCACGCCAACGUGGUGGCGCGUGUGCGGGCGCUGUGCCACGUGCAGGGAGGCCCCAGCUACGAGGUGGUGCUGACCGGGGAGGCCUCGUGCCCCAGCUACCAGCUGGACCUGCAGGAGAUCGACUGGGGGCUGCAGAGGUUUAACAAAGUCCUCAAAGCAGAGGUGACCCUGCGCAACACCGGGGUCAUGGAAUUCACCUUCGUGGUGCCAAACUGCAGCACUGGCACUGCAGCAAAGCCUCUGCCUGGAGUGCCCGUGGUCGUGCCCACCACAGUGAGUAGCACAAGUCAUUGCCUCUGGCCCUCUGUCAGGCAGCCAGGAGAGAAUUAA